AUGCCUUUACACAAGUGUCAAGUAUGUGGCAAGAUCUUGUCAAGAUCUACGAAGCUCUCCGAGCAUAUCAGAUCUCAUACUGGCCAGAAACCGUUUCGUUGUGAUAUCUGCAAAGCCCAUUUUUCGAGGUCUUACGACUUGACGAAGCACAAAGAGCGGCACAGUGGCUCGUACAAAUACAAGUGCGAGGGCGAAGAGAAUGGAGUGACGUGGGGAUGUGGGAAAGGCUUCCACAAGAAAGGAGAUCUCAAUCGCCAUCUAAAGCGUGGCAACGCCGAGCAAUGUCGGCGUGCGAGGCAAGCAGUCACACCUACAAGAAGCGAGGCUGGCGAAAGACCAACCCAGCUCAACGGCGCCAACCCAUCUCAAUCGCAGCCAGUCACUGCAUUGGAGCCCAGAACAUGUAAAAAUUCACAGCAAGUCAUCAUCCAAGACCGUCUGCGAGCUGCUCAGCUUGCCCACCUUAGAACAAAGUCAACGCCCCCAGGUAACCUUGAGAAGUCACCCUUCAGGAGUUAUUAUUUAUCCUACAUACUUCCACCGCCACAGCGAGAAGAACAACAUCCACUUUCUAGUUCGCAAAUCUCCAAUCGGCUGCUUUCUCAACAGCCGACUCGUAAACAACAGGGUUGCGAUGCCAUGGAUAUUGAUGGAGGUUCUGUUCGGCAGAGUCAAGAGGCCGCCGAUGUUCUGGCCAAUAUGAAAGAUGACCGAUCUAUGAGGCUCCCAAUGAUUUCCGCAGCAACCGACACUGAUCCUUCUACCAUAACUCCGAACACCAGCGACAACGCAUUCAUUCAUGAACGAGGUAAUUCAGCCGACCAAAGGGAGCAGGACCGGCAGCAAUCUGGAGUGAUACCACGGAUGCAGGAUCAGAUGAAUACCUCCCAAGCAUCGGCGACUCCUGCCGAACAGUUCCCGAGCAAUGAUGGAACAGGCAGCAGUCAAAAACUAUCCUUGGUCCAAAACUCUUACCGCGGUAUGACUUGGGAAGGCUUAUCAAGAGGAAGCUGGAUUCAAGCUGACUUGAUCGUAUCCGGCACCCCGCCAUAUUCUUUCCAGUCGCCAUCGUAUCACUUUCCGUCCGACCUGCCGAAAGUGGAGGCAAAUUUCAUCUAUUGUGGACGAACGCUGCCUACGGUCCACGAACUCAUGGGCCAUUUUGGGCACCAACAAGCUCUCCUCCCUACGGCAGAAACAAGCGCGAUACCAGAAUCGCGCUCCAAAAGUGCACCACCUCACAGCGAGGAGGCGGGAAGCUCUAUUGCACUCAGCGGCUUUCGUGAUGAGAGGCACAAUAUCGGGGGAAUCACUAUACGGCAGCGAACACCAAGGAUUCUGCUUGUUGAAGACGAUCCAACCUGCAGAAAAUUUGAAGGAAAGUUCUUGUUUACAUUGAAAUGCGAAAUCGAUAAUGCGGUAGAUUGCUUGGAGGCCGUCAACAAAGUCAGCGAAGUCCAGGCGAGUCUCAGUCUGCGAUAUGACCUGAUCAUGAUAGAUAUAAUCAUGCCGAACCUGGAUGGUGUAACUUCUUCUCUCUCAAUACGACAAUUUGACCGGACGCCAAUCAUUGCAAUAACGGCCGACUUUCGAGCAGAUGAUAUCCAGAUGUACUUCCGCUAUGGUAUGGAUGGUGUGCUGCAGAAGCCGUACACUCGCAAGAGUCUACUUGAUAUGCUUGAGGAGCACUUCUCUCAUCUAAAGAAGACAAAGAGCGUGAUUGAAGACAGUAUGCAUGGUCCAACGAAUACCGCAAGCAACCUGGGCACACCAGACGCUGGAUCGAACCAGUUUUCAUAUCCAGAGUCACAGCUGAAUAAUAACAUCACUCCUAUGGGACUCCUACUCAACGAGCACUGGCUGACAGAGCUUCCCAUAAGCCAGCUGCAAUCAACGAACCCGUGA